AUGUACCCCCAGACCCCCUAUCACCUGGGCUUCGAGUUCGUGAUCCGCGAACACCACCCACCCAACGAGACCCCGGACGACCACGAGUUCAGCCGCUCUCAGGACCCGCUCCCCGGCCGCUUUGGCGAGAAAGAGCUACGGCUGCGGGUGUGCAAGGGCCUGCGCGUAGGGUCCGGGUACUCGGCGCAGGUGGCCGUGGUACAGGAGGUGCUGAGCGGGCGACCGCCCAAGCACGCGGGGUCGCUGCACCGGGACCCGGACGAGCUGGGCCCGCGGAUGGUGGCCAAGCUGUACGACCCGCGGUACCUGGGCCCGUCGUCGGGCCGGACGUGGACCCAGGUGGUGCACUUCAUGGACGAGCAGUACGUGCGCGAGUCCGCGGCGUACCGUCACCUGCUGGACCACGGGCUGCAGCAGCACAUCCCCCAGUACUACGGGUCGUGGUCGACGCACACCGCCGACCCGGCGAGCAAGGAGCCGUGCGAGGUGCGCCUCAUCCUGACGGAGCUGGUCGAGGGCAUGGACAUGCGCCAGCUGCGGGCGGAGUCGUUCUCGCUCGCCGAGCGCCAGACCAUCAUGCGACGCAUUGUGACGAUCGAGUCCGAGUUCUACGCCUGUGACCUCCGGCAUUGCGAUAUAUAUCCGCGGAAUGUGAUCAUCGCCCGGCCGGAUUCCCGAUAUAAAAAGGCCGGGAAGGACAAGGCUGCUGGCCCGCUGCGCAUCACGGUGAUUGACUUCGGGCUCGCGCGCGUCGGCCGCUCGUGGUUUGAUGUGAAUUCGGGCAACUGUCUGAGCUCCGAUCUGCUCCCGGGGACAUAUAUUAGCCCCAUCGUGCGCUGGUGGCAGAAGGAUGCCGAGAUGGAGUCGUGGGGUGACUGGGUCACUUGGGAUUGGAACAAGUGGUUGGCGGACACCUUCAGCGCGGAUCUUCCGCACAUCACCCGUUGCAUGCUCAAGUGGGUGCAUCCGCUGAAAAGGAAGGAUCCGUUCUUCAAGCAGUUUGAGAAACGUGGCUCGUGUGACGCGUGCUGA